AGAGCCCCGUCUGCUGCAGGCAUCCUGUCGGCUCACAAGAUCAUCGCCAGCUCCCCGGACAUGGACCUGCCCACGGUGUCCGCGCUCAGGAAGUUGGGGGUGAACCUGACCCGGAGCAACAAGGAGACGGUGAGGCACAGUGACGUCCUGUUCCUGGCCGUGAAGCCCCACAUCAUCCCCUUCAUCCUGGACGAGAUCGGGGCCGACGUCCAGGCCAGGCACAUCGUGGUCUCCUGUGCCGCCGGCGUCACCAUCAGCUCCGUGGAGAAGAAGCUGACGGCCUUCCAGCCGGCCCCCAAGGUGAUCCGCUGCAUGACCAACACGCCCGUGGUGGUACGGGAGGGCGCCACGGUGUACGCCACGGGCACCCACGCCCUGGUGGAGGACGGGCAGCUCCUGGAGCAGCUCAUGAGCAGCGUGGGCUUCUGCACGGAGGUGGAGGAGGACCUGAUCGACGCCGUCACGGGGCUCAGCGGCAGUGGGCCUGCCUAUGCGUUCAUGGCCCUGGACGCGCUUGCUGACGGUGGGGUGAAGAUGGGCCUCCCCCGGCGCCUGGCGAUCCGGCUGGGGGCCCAGGCCUUGCUGGGUGCUGCCAAGAUGCUGUUGGACUCGGAGCAGCACCCAGGCCAGCUCAAGGACAAUGUCUGCUCCCCUGGGGGCGCCACCAUCCAUGCCCUGCACUUCCUGGAGAGCGGGGGCUUCCGCUCCCUGCUCAUCAACGCCGUCGAGGCCUCCUGCAUCCGCACACGAGAGCUGCAGGCCAGGGGUCUGAGAGCUGGUGAGACCCCUCCCUACAGGAGAUGGGUGUAG